UCUGGAACCGCUUACUCUGGCCGCUCAGGCGUGCCUCUGAUAGUCAAGUGUUUUCGCCCUCACCUUUCGCUUGGUCUGGUCUGGUCGACUCCUGCCUCUCCUUUCCCCGCCCCCACCAGGGAAUCCGAAGGCUGAGCCCCCAGCCUGUCAGAUAUCCCCGGACGAGUGGGAGAUACCUUCUCCGCCAUUUAGGUACCGCCGAAUGUUUAUCGGCUUGUAGUGUCGCAGCAGCUUAGGGGUAACUCUCCAGGUCCCCGACUCAGACACAAAGAACCUCGGUUUCUUGACGCUUGUUUUUUCUGCCACCCUUUGCUGAAGCAGCUUCCCGAUGCUCUGAAGAGUAAAGUCAAGGCCACCAAACACAGGUCCUCUUUAAUUCUUCUGGGCAUCUCCACCAUUUCCUGAUAAUCUCUCCCUUUCAAGUUUAGGUCUCUUGAGGCACGUCCCUCACAUCCAUAUGCAGUGUCCCGGAGUUGUGCUCUUUCCUUUUGGAAACACGGUCACACAUGUGCCGCCUUUUGGAAUGAAGUUCUUCACUGGUAAUGGGAUAGUGUCAGCAACUACUAAGAAGCACGGUAACACGUUAGGAUUUCUGCUGUCUGCUACCGGAGUGGAUGGAUAUUGACUGAACUCAGCAGGAGGCAGCAUUUUAGCUCAGUGGCUGUGCUUGAUGCCUUGAAGUUGGGGGCAGAGGAGGUACCUUGUAAUCAAGACGCUGGGGUCUAACGGGAAGAAAUCUGAAACAGAAAAAAAGCCUAACAGCCAUGUGAUGUUUGAUAAUAUUCUGCAGAUCAAAUUUCAGUAUAGAGACAAAUGCCGUUUGCUUUUAUAUGCCAGUUAAAUGUAGUAUGUUGACAUUCUGUAAAUGCUAAUGUGAAGUUUUAGCAGCUGUCUUGGAACUUCUCAAUCAGAUUUCUCAAUUCCUAGAUAAUCAUGAUGAUUAGUUUUACUUUGAUGAAUUUGACUGAAUGCUAUAAAAUUAACCACUUUUUUCUAACAUCAGCCCACACCUUUCUGUCAGUCUUUUUACUAGUUCCCUUUGAUGCCUAGGUUACAAAACCAUAGUCAUCUUGGAUUUCCCUUGUGCUUCAUCCCCAAAUAUAUUACAUUACUGGAUCUCAUGGUUUCUUUAUUUAAAAAGGUAGGAUCAGAUUAUGGGCAACAGUCCUUUUAAUUAAUCUGUCAACAUGGCUAAUGAGGACUGUCCCAAGGCUGGUAAUAGUCCAUUUUCAUCUGAUAAACAUGCCCAACUCAUCUUGGCCCAGAUCAAUAAAAUGAGGAAUGGAGAGCAUUUCUGUGAUGUGCAGCUGCAAGUUGGGAACGAGACUUUUAAAGUUCAUCGGCUGGUUUUGGCUGCCAGUAGUCCUUACUUUGCAGCUUUAUUCACUGGAGGAAUGAAAGAGUCCUCAAAAGAUGUUGUACAGAUUCUAGGAAUUGAAGCUGGAAUCUUUCAAAUACUUCUAGAUUUCAUUUAUACAGGUAUAGUGAACAUAGGUGUGAAUAAUGUCCAGGAGCUCAUUGUUGCGGCAGACAUGCUACAGUUGACUGAAGUUGUUAAUCUGUGCUGUGAAUUUCUAAAAGGACAAGUUGAUCCAUUGAACUGCAUUGGAAUCUUUCAGUUCUCUGAGCAAAUUGCCUGCCAUGAUCUUUUGGAAUUCACAGAAAACUACAUUCAUGUCCAUUUCUUGGAGGUUCACAGUGGGGAGGAGUUCCUAGCGCUUACAAAAGAUCAACUGAUCAAAAUUUUGCGAAGCGAAGAGCUCAGUAUCGAGGAUGAAUACCAGGUCUUCUUAGCUUCUAUGCAAUGGAUUCUGAAGGACCUGGGAAAAAGAAGAAAACAUGUGGUGGAAGUGCUAGAACCAAUUCGAUUCCCUUUAUUACCUCCUCAGAGGCUUUUAAAGUACAUAGAAGGAGUAUCUGAUUUUAAUCUUCGCGUUGCGUUGCAAACACUUUUGAAAGAGUACUGUGAGGUGUGCAAAUCUCCCAAAGAAAACAAGUUUUGUAGUUUUCUGCACACAUCCAAGGUUCGGCCUCGGAAGAAAGCAAGAAAGUACCUGUAUGCAGUAGGCGGGUAUACUCGGUUGCAGGGGGGUCGUUGGAGUGAUAGCAGAGCCCUCAGCUGUGUAGAGCGUUUUGACACCUUUAGCCAGUACUGGACCACUGUGUCUUCACUUCAUCAGGCUCGAUGCGGGCUAGGAGUAGCAGUUCUGGGAGGGAUGGUUUACGCUAUUGGAGGUGAAAAGGAUUCAAUGAUUUUUGACUGUACUGAAUGCUAUGAUCCAGUUACUAAACAGUGGACAACUGUAGCUUCAAUGAAUCACCCCCGCUGUGGUUUGGGAGUGUGUGUGUGUUAUGGGGCUAUCUAUGCUUUGGGUGGAUGGGUUGGAGCAGAGAUAGGUAACACCAUUGAACGAUUUGAUCCUGAUGAAAAUAAGUGGGAAGUAGUUGGCAACAUGGCUAUGUCACGCUACUACUUCGGGUGUUGUGAAAUGCAAGGUUUAAUUUAUGUAAUUGGGGGCAUCAGCAAUGAAGGAAUAGAGCUUCGUUCUUUUGAAGUGUAUGAUCCACUUUCUAAGCGUUGGUCUCCACUUCCUCCAAUGGGAACCAGGAGAGCCUAUCUUGGUGUGGCUGCACUCAAUGACUGUAUCUAUUCUGUUGGAGGGUGGAAUGAGACACAGGAUGCUCUUCAUACUGUGGAAAAAUAUUCCUUCGAAGAGGAAAAGUGGGUUGAAGUUGCUUCAAUGAAAGUGCCUAGAGCAGGCAUGUGUGUUGUGGCAGUCAAUGGGCUUCUAUAUGUUUCUGGAGGUCGAUCUUCGAGCCAUGAUUUCUUGGCCCCAGGUACCUUGGACUCUGUCGAAGUUUAUAACCCUCAUUCAGAUACAUGGACAGAAAUUGGUAACAUGAUCACCAGUCGUUGUGAAGGAGGUGUUGCUGUACUGUGAAAUAUAAAGUAUAAGGGAGCACAAGAAACAUUUUGAAAAUAUAGGAUUUGACCUUUUGUAAAUCACACAUAUAUUUGGUGAUAGGACCCUCUGAUUCUAUUGAGUUUUCCAUGUAUAUGGUAGAUAAAUGACUAAAGAAUGAUUUUUUCUAAGAAUUUGAGUAAGGAGAGAUAUGGAAUAUUAUCCUAAAUUAAUAAAGAACUCACUCAAAUUUGCCAUGCUUACCAAUAGGAAUGCUGUUUAUGCUCUAGAAUUCUCUUAGGGGUAGAGUCCGAUUUGUAAAAAUGAUUUGCUAGAAGCUUCUUGGCAGCCCCAUUAGCUGCUUCUCCAGUGUAAGCCACACUGUAACAUGACCCAUGUGUGAUGUAAGAAUAUCAGUGAGACAGUUUGAAGAUGUCUGUACAUUCAGUCUAUGGCACAAUUUUCCAUGACCACAGUUGAACCUACAGAGAAAAGCCAGUGACACAACUCCCUAGUUUUAUUUGAUACCAAUCUUUUUAUUGGCAGCAGAUACACUGGGAGGGACAUGUAGGAAAUAUCUAGCUAUCUCUAUAGAUGUUUAUAUAGACAGACAAGUUUUUGCCUGUUGAUAACAGGAUUAAAAAAGCUUUUGCUCACUUAUGUUGUCUUAGUGCUGAAAAUGCAAGUGAGGAAAUUACUAGGACGUUCUUCAUGAAAGUCCUUUAGUGCAAUUGGAUGAUAUAAUGAGUGACAGAGCCCAGUGAGAGAUAGGUACCUAUUAAAUUUCUUUCCUAUUUUCUAAAUAGUUAUCAAAAAUUAUCUGCUUGGUUUGGGGAAGAGGGAAUUUUAUUAGACUAUCAAGCUUUGUGAAGCUUACUUGUACUUGGGCAAUCCUAAGUAUGAACUUAGUACAAAACCUACUGUCUGGUUGGGAGAAGGUGGAAUUGUAGGGACCUAUGAAGCUUUUUAUAGACAUUGACAAAAGUCUUAAGUUGAAAGUCCUCUGAUCCAAAACUGCUUUUCAAAACUUUUCAUUUUUUUCCUCCUGAGAAACAUUCUAAAGAAUUGUUCUCUAUUUCUGAGAGGAACAUUCUUUUGUGUACAUGAUCAUCACUUCUAGUUAUUUCUACCAGUUGCUUGGAGCCAUAUAUAUUAAGUCUUACAUACAUUUAGGUUAAUCUAGUGAUUCCAGGAUUUGAUUUGUAUAUUCCUGAUUUCCCCUUUU